AUGCCGUCGUUCACAAUUCCGAUCACCUCGCGCGAAAGCUCGCCUGAGUCAGGCGAUGAAGAAGAGAACCAUGAUCGGCCCCGUCACGACGAGGAGAGCGAAACUGAUACGUCCGACGAUGACGAGGACGACGAGGACGUCACUCCCACCAUCAUGGACGGCAUGGACGACAGUAGCUCGGAAGGCAGCCUGGAGUCAGAAGACCGCAUUGACGCCGCGGCACAGGCCUUGCAAGUUUAUCAAGACAAUAAUGCGCAGCGGGGUGCGCACUUUCACGGAGCCUGCCCAGCUGGCCAAAAGCUUUAUGAUGCGAUCAAAGCAGAAGAGCUGUCCCUAGUGGGCUUGUUCGCGCGACUCCGCGUUCGACAGCUUAACCUGAACCAAACCAAUGGAAAUCUCAGGACCGAGAACGAUGAACUGAGGGAAAAGAUCAAGCGGUUGGAAAAGAAACCAGAGCCUCCCACCCCAUGGUAUGAGUUACUGCACGAAUAUAUCACCAAUCCGCAUUGCUCGAGAGAAAAAUACCCAAAAAUCUACACGCUCUGCUGCCGGCAGGAGAACAUGAGCAAGAAGCUCUGGGCGACUCAUCCAGACCUGAAGCUGGUCGACAAGGUGCUGAGCGAUGGGGAAUUGCGCUUUCAGUACGAGACAGCCACGGAAGGCCAGUCCUCGUCGUCGGGUUCAAGCAGAUCGCCCCUCUGGGCGGUGUUUGGCCGUAGACCUCCCUCUGCCGUCCCACGCCACCUCUCAACUGUCGCCUUCCCGCAGAGAUUCACGCGCACUCAGCCGCUGCAACUCCUAUGUGCACCCAAGAAACACUUUGCGUUCGCCAAGCUCCCACCUGAGGUCCAGGCCAAGAUAUUCCGAAUUUCACUGGUGAAGGAAAAUCUCAUUCACUGCCUUUCUCGCCUUGACCGAAAGAACGCGCCGCCCAACUUUCCAGCCGAACGCAGGCCACGGCACACUGAGCUGCCGAAUCGUUUCCACGUAGGUGGUGAGCCCUGCUGUGUAAGCACGGCCAGUAAGCCGAAUGACGUCCUAAUGAUCCUGCUUGUCUGCAAGCGCUGGUGCUAUCUCGGUGUGCAUGCCUUCUACGGCAAUAAUACCUUCGCGUUCUCCUCGCUUGGCGAGCUGGGAAGGUUCUGUAGGGGCAUCGGGCCCGCCCGGCUUGCUCGCAUCCGCAAUAUGGAGCUGUUCUGGCAUGGGUCUCUUAUGGCCGCAAAGCCGCAGGUGAUCAAAGACGAUCCGCACAGCCGUCGGCAUAGAGUUUGGAAAACCAAUCAACGAACUCUGCCCCUGAAGUCUCUGCUUAUCGCGCUGCGCCUAGAGACCCUCGCAGUCCAUAUCCAAGAGGCUGACGAGGACCGCAUGCGCCGCGAGUACGAGAUGAAAUAUGUCAAGGAUCGUGAAACAGACUACCACAAGGAGGACAUCAUGCAGCAAGACGUCUUUGGCGCCAUGUGCCAUCGUACGGAGUACCAUGCGAAUUAUCGCAAAUACCGUAGCCUACGGACCUGUCACGGGAUGGACUAUAUCUAUCAACUCCGCGGUUUACGCUGGGUCCGAUUCUAUGAGUUCAACGGAGUUAAAAAUAGGCAGCCGGUUCGCGACUAUACAUUCGUCGAAGAUAUCAACUCUGUCAUUACGAAACCCAAGGCAGAGAAGCACGCCAUUAAGUCCCUCUUGCAUAACCUCCCUAAGAUCGAAGGUCUAGGGAAGUGGGAACCUUCUGAACAGGACAAGAAGGUCGUUGACGAGUUGUUCAGCAUUUCGGGAACUCAGGCCUAUGCAGACGCUCAAAGGCUAGCGGAGGCACAAGCUGCUGAGGAAGAAGAGAACGGUAGCGACAUCGAUAUUGAAGAUGACGUGGACGACCCGCUCGCUCCAACGGCUCCUCCUGUGCCAUCAGGUUCCCCAGCUGGCUCGUUUCUAUACGCAGAUAUGGUUAUCCCCGACGAGGACGAUGUUGAGGCUCCUUCCGAGAGCGGUGAAGGCAACGUUCACAGCCACGGUGAUGAUCUCUCCGAUACGGACUCUGAUUCGAGCGAUUCUGAAUCCGGGCACGGUCCUGAGCACGGGUUUGAGCAUGCCUUCAACCCCGUGCAACCUCCUCCCGGGACUGGCGGCGUUCCUGCAAACAUGAAGAGUGAAACCUCGGCUCACGAGUGCGAACCAAUGGACCUUGGUAUGAUCGACCUCACGGCCAAUGACGACAAUGUCAGCAGGUCGUCGAAAACCUCGACAAGUCUGUUCGUCCGCUCGGAUCGUUCCGAGCAAGAAAUCACACCAGCUAAUGAGAGUGACGUAAACCGAAAUCCCAAUAUCAAAUUGGAAAGUAGUAGCAGCAGUAGCAAGAGUUCAGAAGAGAGCGAGGGGCUCUUCGUCAGCCGGGACGACGACAACAACAACUACCCCGAGAUUGCCAUGACCACUCCCCCUUUUGGUUCCUCCACGAUACAGUUCCCGACCCGGUUCCAGCAUCCAAUGUCGAAUGGCAGCCGCGCUGGCUCGGUCCGUUCAAACUCAUCGUCGUCAAGCAAGCGCAAGGCUCUCCAUGAGUCGGGCAACACUCGCGACAACGCGAUCAGCCUGCUUGAUGACGACGAUUCCAAUGAUGAAGGCGACGACGACGUCAUCUUGGUCAAGCGUCGUCGUUCACAGUAG